GACGAAGUUUUUGACAGCUGUCUCGAAAAGAGAAGAUCGCAGCAAUCCGCCAUCUUUACAUCAGCAGCAGUCGUAACGAGCGCAGCAAAGUGUGGUGUCCGUGCAAAUUUUUCCUCUUGUGACUUGUGCCCCCCAGGAAUCAGCUCUAGCUCUCAGUAUGGCCAACCCGGCGCUCCCCCUGAAGGCGGCCCCGUUCGAUCCGCGGUUCCCGAACACGAACCAAACCAAGUACUGCUACCAGAGCUAUCUGGACUUUCACCGCUGCGAAAAGGUGAAGGGCAAGGGCGCCAACGUGUGCCAGUACUUUAAGAACUGCUUCGCCGACCUGUGCCCGAACGCGUGGGUCUCCAAGUGGGACGACCAGCGCGCCGAGGGCUCCUUCCCCGGCCGGAUCUAAGGUGGCUCGAGAGGAGAAGGAAGUACGCGACGAAGACGACGUAGCAAUACCGCGCUGUGGUGGCCAUUUUUUAAAGUAGUGCGAAAUUAGUGCGCUCCCCCCUCCCCUAAAUUUCAUUCCAAAUGAGAGAUUUGUCAUUAUUUUUUAAAGUUUCAAAUUGGCAAAGUGAAAGUUUUAAGUUGUUGUCCUGUAACGUGCAAAAAUAAAGUAUAAAAUUCAAGCAAAAAUGGCUGCCGAAAGAAA